UAUUUUGAGCUUCAGAUCCUGAUCUCCCUUCCAUGUUUAAUUUGAUUAAUGGUUGAUAGGGCCAUCCAGAGUUCUCCACAGAGCCUUAUGGCUUUAAUUAAAUGCACAGAGACAGCCGCUCCAGCCAACCUCUGGUUCUUUUAGCUGGACAAGGAGGAAGAGAAUAGAGCUUUAACACUGCUUUCCACACAGACUCCUGUUCUCUUGCAUCCUUUGGGCAGCCAGUGGAUUAGAGCAGAUGCACUCAGAGGUGCCAAAGAGCUGUUCUGACAGCUGCCAGGCAGCUGCCUGCCACCACAGACUCAGCAUUUCCUGGGACAGCUCUUCCUCAGCAGGGGCUUUCCUCCAGCCAGGAGAGAUUUCCUCUUUGGGAUUUGGACACUGUUUUGUUGACCUCACCUGUCACACUGGAGAUGAUGUUCAAAGUAUGUGUUAGCAUGCUUGUCUCGUGGCUUUCCUAGCUUUGGAGAUGUGCUCCAGCUGUGUCCCUGACGGACAGGGACAUCCAGCUAUAAGGUGAUGAGGCCCCGUACCUCAGUGGCACCCGAUACAGCCUCCAGGAGAGGGGCUGGAGGCAGAGGGGAUGGGAACAGGGGAGGGUGGAACAGGGAGUCUGUCCCUUUGACAGACAUCAGAGUGAAAGGAGAGGAAAGCUCUCCCUGCUCACCAAGGCUUGUGUGAUGGCAAAAUCCUGGGCUCUGAGCUGUGAAAUUGUCUGAUCCAUCACCAACUAACUUCAGAAUGUGUGGCAGAACAUAUUAAAAGGUUUAUAAGCUUUCUAAAGGCUCCUGAUGCGGAGGUAACUGUACUACUUCUGAAUGGGUGAGGGGCUUCCUGUGUUUCAUGCAAAAUUUCAAGGCUGUAUUUUCCCAUGGAAUGUGCAAACUUGUUAUAAAAUGUAUUUAUGUGCUUCACUAAUUCUUGGUAAGGUGGUAUUGAACACAGUUAUACCUCUCCUAUUUUUCACAGCACUUAGGCUAUUUAAAGAGCUCCUACAGUUGAGAGCACUAAGGGAUUUGAGUGUUUUGAUUCCUGUGUCUUCCGUAGGAAGUGGCUGGUUUUAUUCCAGGGCAUUGCAUUUUGAAGGCACCAGUAAAAGACCCAGGAAUGUCAGGAGAAAAGAGAGACUGCUGCUCAGUGUUUGCAGGAAAUUGGUGAGGAAAAUCAGCUAGAGGGCACCAAUAUUUCUGCUUAGGACUGUUAAAUUAGGCCAUGUGGACUGGCAGCAUAUGGAUGCAUGAGAGAAACAUGAGGGCUUUACGAAACAGUUGUGCUAAAAAUAAUUUUUGGUGUUAUUUUUAAUAAUGUUAUCACAGAUGAAGAAAAUGAGGUAGAAGUUCAUAGCCUGAGACAAUUCCUUCUCCUGCUUUACAGGGUAAACACUAUAAAUCCUUGAGUGUUUGUUUGGCUAGGUAAUGCUUUCCAAAAGUAUGUCAAUGAAAUAGGUAUCAGAGCCAUAAAAUAUUUUCCUAUGUUUAGAUUAUAAAUGUGCAAUAAAAAGUCAGUAAACUUUGGACUCCUAAGCACCAAAAUUGCUUUCAAAAAGGGGGAUUGGAUGUUAAACAUUUUAAAAAAUAAAGAUUUUAAUAUUGCCCAAAAUGCACAGUCAGUGUUUGGUGCUCAGUGGUGCUAGUAAGCUCAGCUAUAGCCUAGUAAGUUUUGUUGCUGUCUGGGUAUGAGAAGGAUCCUGGAACUGUUGAAGGGGGCAGGAGUAUUGUAGGAUUAUCAGUUGAUUGGUUAAUUUAGAGGAUUAUGUUUUUAAUGCCAAAAAAUCCAGCUGCACAGAAUUGCAGAAUAAUUUAGGCUCAAAGGGAUUUCUGGGGAUCCUCUCUCUAGCCCCUGCUCAAAGCGGGUGCACAGUAUGUGGUUUUGCAUGUUGCAGAACUUACCUUUACAUGGUUUUGAUUUGUGCAAAAAAGAUUAACUAUUUGGAUAGUUUUCUUUUUGUGUAGUACAGAGGCGAAUACCAAAGAAGGAUAAAAAUUAAGGCAAAAGGUAGUCCAGAUAGCGUUGAAGCAGCACCAAAAUAUCCCAUACCAUUUUGCAUAUAUGGUUUUGGGUUUUUUUAUGAUUUAAAAACAUUGCUCUAGGGUAGCACAAGGGGCUUAGCUUGAACAUUUGUGAAUUAAUUUUAAAUUGUUCUUUUCAUUGCUGUCUAAUAUGCAGGAGGAAUUGGUAAAUAUUGACAGCAAAGGCUAUGCAGCAUUUUUUUGCCAGUGAUUCUGUUUAGACUUAAUCUCUAUAAUGCAGUGUUGAAAUUUACAAAACAGCUUGUAAUUGCAGUAGCUUAUUUAAACCAGCUAUUUGUGGUUAUGUCUGCUGAGGAAACUUAAACUUCAAUGUUCCCCAGCCAUCUAAUAGCAGCAAAUUGACUGCGGGUCUCUUAAGGAAUAUCUAAAUGUAGGCUGUUGAAUAAUCCCUUUGGGGGCCCUGUAACUAUUUUUGUGCCUGGAUAUGCGUCAUCAGUGGGUAUUUUCUCUGGUGACUAGCUUACAUCAGUAGGUCUCCUACCAUACGCUCUAUCAGUGAGUGACUUAUGAUUGAUGGGAGUCACGGCUGCUGUUUAGCUUUUUAUCUGUGACCUCAAAUAAUGGACAACAGGAAUUUCCAGGCUGUUAAAUUCCUUGAAUGACUGAAGACGCGGGAUGGCUGUGCUGAUGAACGCAGGACUGUCUACCUAAGAAGCUGAGAGUGAGUUAGGAACAUUGAUGAAACCUCUAUUCUGUGAGGUGGAAGAGAGAGUCAACAGCCAUAUUUGCUGGAGUAGUGAACCAAAUUGCUUUGACUGGAACCAUCAGUCACUUGCACCUUUGAUGGCAGCAGCCAGGAAAUUUGAAGAUAGUCAUGCCUAUUAGAUGUUUAGAAGAUGCAGAUAGCUGUGUCACCAUGGAAGAGAUGAAAAGAACGUUGCUCUAGGAGAUCACAAGUAUCUCUGGAUCAUUCUGCGUCCCAGUAUUUAAUGACAAUGGAAUAUGUCCAAAUGCUAUAAGAAGUCUUUGCAAAUGUAUAAUAAACUGUUUAGGAAAGUUCAUGCCAUGAACAGAACUGUGUAAUACUCUUAUUAGUGUACAGAUACAAAUCUAAUGCCUAUAGACUACUGCGUGGAAAGUUCCAAAGAGAAAGAAAAGUCUGUGAACUUGCAACAGCCCUGGAAAAAUGGGAGCAACAAAACUUUAAAAAGCACAGCUUUGGGCACACUCCAUGUGUCUGCACAGCUUUCAAGUGAACUAGCACUUAAGACCUUGUGUAACAAAAUGGACUCUGGGGACACGGCUAUAGGGCAAAAAGCUACCUCAAGGUCUGGAGAAACUGCUAAAGUACCAAGUAGAUGGAGGCAAGAACAUUCAGCUGUUAUUAAGAUGAGCACUUUCGGCAGCCAAGAAGUACAGCGGCAACCACAAAUAGAUCACGAUCAAGUAGGAAACCCGGCAUCAGCACAACUUUUUAGUUCUGGGAAACUGGUAUCAUCAAAUGAAGCUGCACAGCAAGUCACAGAGAAGCAAUAUCCACAGCAUCGUCCAAGCCCUUACUCAUGUCAACAUUCACUUUCCUUUCCGCAGCAUUCAUUGCCACAAGGCUUCUUGCACAACAUAAAGCCACAUCAGAGCUUGGAAGGCCCUCCAUGGCAGUUUCCUAGCCACUUGCAAUCAGUUGCCUCAGAGGACUUGUUUCCUUUUCAUAUGCAUAGCCAUAGUGGAGGUUUCUCCAGGAAGAAGAUUUCAAGUUUGAACCCUGCAUACAGCCAAUAUUCUCAGAAAUCUUUAGAACAAUCAGAAGAUGCUCACAAAAAAGAGCACAAACCCAAAAAGCCUGGCAAGUACAUUUGUCCAUACUGUAAUCGGGCCUGUGCCAAACCUAGUGUACUUAAAAAGCAUAUUAGGUCUCAUACUGGUGAGCGACCAUACCCUUGUGUCCCUUGUGGUUUCUCCUUCAAGACGAAAAGCAACCUUUACAAACACAGGAAGUCACAUGCCCAUGCAAUUAAGGCAGGGUUGGUACCUUUCACAGAGUCAGCAGUCUCUAAAUUGGACCUCGAUGCCAGUUACAUCGAUGUGGAAGCUGAAAUACAUUCAGAUGGAGAGCAGAGCACAGACACUGAUGAGGAGACCUCACUCCUGGUGGAAGGGUCUGACAAACUGAGCCCCGUCUCGCAGCUCCCACUGGACAUUGCUGGCAGGAGUGGUUUUCACUCCUCCAUGGAAGAGUCCUUAGUGGGGCCGAUGAAAGUCCCCAUUUUGAUUAUCCCUAAAAGUGGGAUUCAGUUACCCAGUGAGAGUUCACCAUAUAUUAGCUCUGAUAUGUUGCAAACCCCAUCCUUAAGUACCAAGACUGAUGACUCUCAUACAGUUAAACAGCGACUUGCACUAAGACUGUCAGAGAAAAAAGGACAAGAUUCUGAGCAGUCAUUAAACCUCCUGAGCCCACACAGUAAGGGAAGCACUGACUCUGGCUAUUUUUCCCGCUCAGAAAGCGCUGAGCAGCAAAUUAGCCCACCAAAUACUAAUGCAAAGUCUUACGAAGAAAUAAUUUUUGGGAAGUUCUAUAGGAUUAAUCAAAGAACAGCACUAACUGUAGCCACAGCAAAUCAGGAACACAGUUUAAUGGGUAGAAAGGGCAAAACAGACCCGUCACCUCUUUUAAAUAACAGAUUAGAUAUCAAGAUGCUUGAGGAACAUAUUUCUCACCUGACUCCAAAUAAAGAGGAAUUCAUUGACUCCAGUAAUUUGAGCACUAUUAAGUCUACACAGAUUUAUCCAGGCAACAAUACAGAAUGUAGACAAUCCCAGACCACAUCAUCCAUCAAAAGUGAAUCCAACUUGUACCAAGUCAGUCAGCAGGGUGAUGUGCCUGUCCUUCUAGAGCCCCCAGUAGAUUCCUCUCCCCUUAUUAGAAGUAACUCCAUGCCAACCUCUUCUGCAAACAGCCUAAGUAUUCCCCCAUCUCUGAGAGGAAGCCAUUCAUUUGAUGAGAAGAUUACUGGCUCCGAUGAUGUAUUUUAUCCCGGGACAGUGGGAAUAUCCCACCAAAGAAUGUUGAGAAGACAGGCUGCCUUUGAACUGCCAUCUGUACAGGAGGGACAUUCGGAUUCAGACUACCAUGGAAGACCAGGGAAAAAUAUCAUUAUUGCUUCCAGCAGACAGACAGCAGGUGACAAAGGACCAUCCUUAAAAGAGAAGAAAGGAGACAAGCCCUUUUAUGACUAUGAUGCCAGUGGAAAGCACUACAGAAAGUGGGAAGAAUUUGAAGCUCAGAAGCAGAACUACAGGGACUCACCAUCCUUAGGUGGGAUGAACAAAGGGGGAGAGUUUUUUAUUGAUGCACUUGGACAAUCUCAGUCUGUGCCAUCCAUGCUUGGAACAACUUUUGAAAACAGAAAGCGCAGGAAAGAGGAGAGUGUUGGAGAUGAAGAAGACAGUCCUAUGAUUUGCAGCAGUACAACUGGCACCCCGGGGGGAAUUCAACCUUUGGACUUCGAUCCCAAAUCCCAAAUUCAGGAAGUGCCAAGAAGUGGGUUUGCCCUCCAAGGCCUGGAAAACGCUCCCCAUUGCCAUGCAGAGCGUUUUGAAAUGUGCAGACCUUACUUGCAGUCUGGAAGUCCAGCAGCUUCUUUAGAAGACUCAUCCCUUACUGCAGAGCAAGAAAAGGCUGCAGAAUCACUGGUUCGAAAGCCCCCUGGAAAUGUCAUCUCUGUCAUUCAGCACACAAAUUCACUGAGUAGGCCAAACUCAUUUGAAAGGUCUGAAUCUACAGAACAUAUUGCAUGCCAGCAGGAAAAGAUGUAUUCACCAUCUGAAACAUGCGAGAGUGAGAUCUGUGAGUCCCCGAUGAGCCCAGACCGAGCUCCACAAAUGGAAAGUGUUGACACCAGUAAGCCAUCCCCAUCCCAGCAGCCUCAGCCGUGUCACAUGCAGCCCAGGUUGGUUCGCCAGCACAACAUACAGGUACCUGAAAUCCGUGUCACAGAGGAGCCAGAUAAGCCCGAAAAAGAUAAAGAAGUGCAGAGUAAAGAACAGGAGAGACCCACUGAAGAAUUCCAGUGGCCCCAGAGAAGUGAAACCCUUUCUCAACUUCCAGCUGAAAAACUACCACCUAAAAAGAAGCGUUUAAGACUGGCUGACAUGGAGCACUCCUCUGGGGAAUCCAGCUUUGAGUCUACAGGUACAAGUCUCUCUCGCAGCCCUAGCCAAGAAAGUAACUUGUCCCACAGUUCAAGCUUUUCAAUGUCCUUUGAAAGAGAAGAGAAUAUGAAGUUCAUCACACCUUCCAAACAAGAUGAAUUUGGAAAGCAGUCUGAGUUUUUAACAGUUCCAGCAGGUGCUUACUCACUUUCCGUCCCUGGGCAUCACCAUCAGAGGGAAAUGAGACGCUGCUCAUCUGAACAGAUGCCCUGUCCUCAUGCUGCUGAAAUCCCAGAGAUCAGAAGUAAAUCCUUUGAUUAUGGGAACUUGUCUCAUGCCUCUUCAGCAGGAACACCUACUGUGGCAUUGUCUCCAUCCCGAGAAAGGAAGAAAUGCUUCUUAGUUCGCCAAGCUUCCUUCAGUGGUUUUCCAGAGAUUUCUCAGACUGAUCAGAGCACAGAACAAAGUAUAAAGCAGGAGCAGAUGGAGCAUUCACAGGUUGGUCUUCGCUCUUCCCAGCUUGUCUGGCAUCACUCUCCUUCUUCUGUACUUCAGCCCAUUCAGGUAGAUGACUCUGGAAAACAGGCUAUUGGCUCUUGUGCUCAGCUUAGUAAUAGCUCAUCCCACCUUGCCCAGCAACAGGCUCUUGUUGCAGACAGCCCGGAAAUGUUAAGGACUCCCUUAAUCCAACAAGCACCUUAUAUUCCUAACAAACAUCCAUCAGAGCAGCAGCAGCUAUUUGCACAUCAGGAAAAAGUCCCAUUUCCCCCUAUUCAUAGCACCUUGUUUCAGUUCCCUUACCCAGCUGUCUGCAUGGUUCACUUACCACCAUCUCAGCAGCCUAUCUUGUGGCAGUCCUGCACAGAACCUCUGCACUUCCAGCAUCAAUUUGUACAACAGCUGCAGAAAUCUUAUGUCAAACAGGCUUUCCAAAUAGAUGUACCUCCAAGUUAUCACCUGGAACAUGCACCUGAACUUAUUGGAAAGAAAGCAGCUGAUUAUGUGCAUGCUAAAGAGCAAGCAUACCAGCAUUACUCAGGAACAUCUGGGCCGUAUUCAAAAAAUACUCUUGCUAAGUACCAAUCAGACCACAGCAUUAAACCAACAGAUACAUCCUCUGAGCAGCAUCUUCAGACAGACUUUGACUCCCCAAGUGAUGGAUCUGUACAGUCUUUGCCAGGAACAGUUGUUCCCGUCAGGAUUCAAACCCACGUGCCAUCUUAUGGUAGUGUCAUGUACACAAGCAUUUCCCAGAUCCUUGGACAGAGCAACAGUCCUGCAAUUGUAAUUUGUAAAGUUGAUGAGACAGUUUCUCAAAGAACAUUGGCAACUAAUGCAGCCAUGCAAGGAAUUGGAUUUAACAUAGCUCAGAUGUUGGGCCAUCAUGGAGGACUAGAAAAAUAUCCUUUGUGGAAAGUGCCGCAGACACUUCCACUUGGACUGGAGCCACCAAUUCCCUUGUGUUUGCCUUCCACUUCUGACAUGGCUUCUACCUUGGGAGGAAGCAAACGAAUGCUUUCCCCUGCCAGCAGCUUGGAGCUCUUCAUGGAGACCAAGCAGCAGAAACGAGUCAAAGAGGAAAAAAUGUAUGGGCAGAUAGUUGAGGAACUAAGUGCAGUUGAGUUGACUAACUCAGAUAUAAAGAAAGAUUUUCCAAGAAUGCAGAAGCCUCAACUAGUAAGGCAGAGCUGUGCUACUGAGCCAAAAGAAAGUUUGCCAUCCAUGUCAUCUUCUUCAUCGCUGUCAUCCUCAACAUCUCAAGAUUUCCCACCUGUCAGCAUGGCAGGAGCUGAUGCAUUCCCACUGAGCAGGGAGAAACUUUCCAGUUUUGAUUCUGCAUCACCGGGACAGAAGUCCAGUGGCCCAUCUGAAGGAAGAGACUCACCAGAGGAAUUGGAUGUGGAUGAAACAGCCUCAGAUAUGAGCAUGAGUCCACAGAGGUCUUCAUUGCCCCCAGGAGAAAUUCAGGCAGAAGACCAACUGAAACAUCAAAAAUUACCUCUUGGGAUGUUAGUCCAGAUGUCAUCUAAUACUGUUGGGAAAGUCACAGCCUCAACCAUUCUCCUGACAGACGUAGCAGAUUUUCAACAGAUCCUUCAGUUCCCUAGUCUGCGUACUACGACUACUGUGAGCUGGUGUUUCUUAAACUAUACAAAACCCAAUUACACUCAGCAACCAACCCUCAAAGCUUCUGUUUAUGCUUCAUGGUGUAUAAGUUCAUGUAACCCAAACCCAUCUGGGCUAAGUACAAAGACCACUUUAGCACUUUUAAGGUCCAAGCAAAAAAACACCACGGAAAUCUACACCCUGGCGGCUAUGCACAGACCUGGAGCUGGUAAACUGACAUCAUCAAGUGCAUGGAAGCAGUUUGCCCAGAUGAAACACGAGCCAUUCUUCUUGUUUGGCAGCAAGCUUGAAAAGAAAGUAGUGGGGAAUAUUAUAAAAGAAAGAGUAAAAGGAGACAUUCAUGGAGAUAAAGACAUUACAUCCAAACAAACUGAGCCGAUACGAAUUAAAAUCUUUGAAGGAGGGUAUAAAUCAAAUGAGGAUUAUGUCUAUGUCAGAGGUCGUGGCAGAGGAAAGUACAUUUGUGAAGAAUGUGGCAUUCGCUGUAAAAAGCCAAGCAUGCUCAAAAAACAUAUCCGCACUCACACUGAUGUCCGGCCUUAUGUAUGCAAGUUGUGCAAUUUUGCCUUCAAAACUAAAGGAAAUCUGACAAAACAUAUGAAGUCUAAAGCACACAUGAAAAAAUGCUUGGAGCUUGGAGUAUCAAUGACAUCUGUAGAUGAUGCUGAAACUGAAGAAGUAGAAAAUAUGGAGGACAUGCAGCAGGAGGCAGAGAAGAGCAGCAACCUGGCAGGGCUGUCAGCAGAGCACCAGUUUUCUGACGCAGAGGAAUCGGAUGGCGAGGAUGGCGAUGACAAUGAUGAUGAUGAUGAAGAUGAGGAUGAUUUUGAUGAUACUCAGGGAGACUCGACGCCAAAAACCAGAUCAAGAAGCACCAGCCCGCAGCCCCCUCGGUUCUCCUCCCUGUCAGUGAACUCGGCUGGGGCAUCACAGGGGGCUUCCCCAGAGGGCUCCCUUUCAGUGGGACACUCUUCCCUCAUCAGUUACCUGGUCACCUUACCUAGCAUUCAGGUUACUCAGCUUAUAACACCGAGCGACUCCUGUGAAGACACACAAAUGACAGAAUAUCAGAGGUUUUUCCAGAGUAAGAGUACAGAUUCAGAGCCUGAUAAAGACAGAUUGGACAUACCCAGCUGCAUGGAUGAGGAUUACACACCUUCGUUAGAUCCCAGUUCUUCUCCGAGGGACCUCUCACCUUCCAGUCGACAAUCGUCACCUGGCUACGAUUCUUCACCCUACAGAGAUAACUCACCAAAGAGGUAUUUAAUGCCAAAAGGGGAUUUGUCACCCAGAAGACAUCUGUCACCCCGACGAGAUAUUUCACCCAUGAGGCACCUUUCCCCGCGGAAGGAGGCUGUGCUGAGGAGAGAGUUAUCACCAAGACGGGACGUGUCACCGAGACGUCACCUAUCGCCAAGGAGACCAAUGUCACCAGGGAAAGAUGUGUCUGUUCGAAGAGAUUUGUCUCCCAGGCGAGAGAGGAGAUAUAUGGCCUCUGUUAGAGCAGCAUCUCCCCGGAGGGGCUUGUACCAUAAUCCAGCAUUGUCCAUGGGUCAAUAUUUACAGUCUGAAUCUAUUCCAGUGGGACAUUCAUUACAGAGGAGGGGGUUGUCUCAGGCACCUUACUUCAACAUCUAUGGAGAAAAAGGAGGCAUGGAGCACCGCAGGUCUAGCCUGUUCCCCGAAGGUCCGAGUGACUAUGUCUUCAGUCAUCUUCCACUACACUCCCAGCAGCAGAUCCGAGCACCUAUCCCCAUGAUGCCUAUUGGGGGUAUCCAGAUGGUCCACUCAGUCCCCGUGGCCCUUUCAGGUUUACAUUCUCCGUCCACUCUGGCCCUGCAGAGGGAGGUCUCCGAGGAGAAGCAAAGAGGAACUGCGGAAAUCCUUACAAAAGAGUCGUAUAGUAUUUCUAAGCACCACGAGAAACGUACCUCUCCGCACAGCUUGCACCCCGCUGCUCCCCCCAGCGCCCCCUCCUCGCCGCUGCUGCUGCUGGCGCAGAGCGCAUCCGAGGACAGUGUCGUGGCUACCGAGAGGGAGCAGGAGGAGAACAUACAGACUUGUACAAAAGCCAUAGCCUCUCUGCGAAUUGCCACAGAAGAAGCCGUUCUGCACGGGGCGGAGCAGCUGCAGAGGCCUUCUGAGCCUCACCAGAAACCCUUAGAAAGUGCACAUUUUAGCAUUAAACACUUUAGUGGAUCUGAGCCGGGCCAGCCCUGUGCCUCAGCCACCCAUCCUGACUUGCACGGUGGUGAACAGGACAGUUUUGGUACAUCACAGACUGCGCUAGCCCAUCCCACCUUUUACAGCAAGAGCUUUGUGGAUGUCCAGCAGCUGGGCUUUCACAGCAGGAGCGACCCCCCAUCAAGCACACAGGAAAAGAAAGAUCCGUCAUCUGAAAAGAGCAAGCCACAUUGAUCUGAGAUGCAUGGAGACUUUCACCCAUACAUUUACCCCACUUUUUUUUUUUUUUUCUAGAGAUAGAAAAAGUAUUCAACUUUACAGCAUGCCUGUUCUAAGUUACAGUAGUUUGCUAUUAUAUAUACUUUUGUUAUAUCAAAAGAAUUAGAUAAAGUAACAAGUCAUCAUGAGCCUGACCAAAACUAAAUUUGAAAUUCUUAUUGGGUCUGGUACUUUUAAAUUGUACAGAUGUUUGUGCCUUUUCUUUACUUUGCUUAUAUUCUUAUAAGCAUUUUUUUAGCAGUAAUUUGUACAUAUUUUAGAAUUUGUGUAUCUGCUUUGUAAUAAAUGUAAUUUCUUUCCUUUUUUGGACACUUGGAUCUAAAUGAUGUAAAACAGAACAGCAUCAAUAUAUGUGAGGUUGCACUAAAACAUAUUUUUAUAUGAUUAAAACUGAACAGCUUUUAUGUACAGCUCUGAUUCUGUAAUACUAAUAUUUAUUUACUUUGUUUCAUAAAUUGUAAAUUUUUUUCUUAAUGUUGUGGAUUGCUUUUCUAUGUGAAGCAUGGGAUUUACUGUUGCGUAAUUAGAACAAAAUGUAUAUUGUAAAACAAGAUAUUUAAACUAGAGUAUCUUAUCUUAUUCUGCACUUAUGCAUUAGUUAAAAAAAAAAAAGAUAAAAGAUGUAUCAGUCAGUUCUUAACUCUUGUAAUUUUUUUUGUCUCUUGUUUGCUGGAUUGACUAUAACUUAAGUGCUGAUUGUGAUUUUAAACUGAUAGUACCGUAAAGCAUUAAAGUAAAACAAUGUGCUAUUGUGAGUUUUUUCAAAGCUUUAUAAAACAGUUAUAAAUAUAUUAAAAGUAUUUGGUCUUAUGUGAACAUGUUGAUCUAUAUACUCCUUACGAAGCUAUGGGAAAACAUUCCACCCCAUGUAAAUAUGUGCAUCACUGGUGCCAUCUGUGUAGCUCACCGGGACCGGCAGGAUUUGCUAUGCUGGUGCUUCCAGGAGCGGGACCGGGGCACUGCUGGCUGCCAGAGGGCAGAGUCCAGCAGUGUCCUGACCCACUGCCUGGCCUCCAGCAGCAGGGUGGCGAGGCCCCUACGGCCGCACGGAGCUGGGCUGGAGGAGCUGGCUGCUGGCCGGACACACGGCGCCCUGCCGAGCCCGGCAGUCCCCUGCUCCUGAGCGCUGACCAAGGGGCAUAGGCGGCAUGAAGAGGUGCCCUGGAGUGUCAGAGAGGGGUUUGGAGAGGAGAAAAAGGUGUUUCCUUGCGCUUGAACUCCACAGCUGGCCACUCCCUACUGCAAUACCCGUGCCAGCUUUGGGGGAGGCUCCCAAAGGUUCUGUCCUGUUCCAUCCUGUCCUGCGGAUGGAGGUGCGUGGCCCUGCCGGCGAGGCAGAGAGCACCGCCACCCCGGCCUCUUCUGAAAUGGGUUUCAUGGGCAAGAAAGUCACAGUCUUCCAGUGUAGGGUCUCCACCUGGGCAAGGUUUGCUCCAGAGGGAAGGGAGGAGGAGCCCGGGCUUGUGUUUGAACACCCGUGGUGGGUUACCACUACCACCAGCAGCAUGCGUGCACGCACGCACGCACACACACACACUCAAACACACGCAUGCAUACGCACAGAUGAAAGAAACCAACGACCUGGAUUAUAUUUUGUGCUAUUUAGUGGAUUAUAAAUCUGUGAAAACAAGUUUGUAUAUUGAAAAUACAUCUAAGGAGUGUUCUUUAAAAAGAAAUAAAUAUACAGUUACAUGCA